AUUACAUUCCGGUGUGCUAUAGUGUGUCAGUUGACGUGCCACACUCACACAUGUCGCUUCAAAUUGCAGCUCAGUAAUUCCCAAUCAAGGCAUUCUAACGGCUUCCAAAUCACCCAGCCGUCUCUCAGCUUUUGCUUCUACUCAUCUCCAGCGGCACUGCGGGGCUUGGCAGCAAUCGGUGCAGUUUGGACGCUGAUAUAUCAACUGCAGAUUGCAAGCAUAGGCACAUAGUGAAUUACAGUGACCAGAACCGUAUGUAGCUUGAGCCUUGGAGUUGAUAGUAACUGGUAUGAAGUUUUAUGUCCUCCUCCUCCUUCACAAUAGCUUAACAUAGUGCUACCCUGGCAACAAGGCAACAAGUCCAUGAAUGAGAAACAAUUCAAACAGUACUGCACUGCUUUUAUCAAGGUACUCCAGCCAGCCAAAGUAGCCAGCAGUUCUGAUUCUCUUUUUUUGACUUGGCCCGGCAGCAGUCCAAUAUAGACCUCUUAGGUUGAUUUCUUAAGCUUGCCAGCUGAAGCUCCGCUUAUAGCCCCAUAUUGCAGCUUAAUAUUGGUCAGCCUUGGUAUAUUCAUUCAAUUUGUUUAUUAUGGCACUGAGGGACAAUCGAUGGUUGACGCUAGAAGUGUGCAGAGAGUUCCAGCGUGGAACAUGUUCAAGGCCCGACACAGAGUGCAAGUUUGCCCAUCCAUCAAAAUCCGUCACAGUAGAAAACGGCCGUGUUACUGCUUGCUUUGAUUCGCUUAAGGCAAAGUGCACAAGGGAAAACUGUAAAUAUUUACAUCCACCACCACACCUAAAAAAUCAACUGGAAAUUAAUGGACGAAACAAUUUAGCAACUCAAAAGAUGCUUCAAAGUUUGAACCAACACAUACAGUUUCCGACUUCUGCGCCUCUAGUGGCAAGUCUGGGCAACCCAGCUAUGGGUCCACAAUUUAUUAACAGCCCGCCUACUGGUACAGCAUAUAAUCCCUACCUGACUCAUGUCCCGACUACUCUGUCACAUGAUAUACAGCUUAAUACAAACAUACAUGGGAAUAUGUUACCAACACAACACAUGAUAGCGCCUGCUGCAGCUGCCCAAAAAUUAGCUAGAAAUGAUAGGUUAGAGACAUGCCGUGAAUUUCAACGUGGUAACUGCACACGUGGUGAGAACGACUGUAAAUUUGCUCAUCCUGGCGAGCAUGUUACCAUAGAUACCACUGACAAUACCGUAACUGUAUUCGGUCUUAUUUACUAUGAGUUGAGUUCAGAGCAAUGCAUGUGUGCCUGUCAGCUGUGUAUCUACGUCAACUGCCUUGAACAUCUUCCGACCACGCCUGAUAAGAGCAACAAGAAGCGAGCCAGAGACCCUGCUGAUGAGAUAUUACUGGCUUUGCCAGGAAUGAUGCCAUACAAGAAAGGUCCGGGAGCAAUUUUUCAAGGUGCUAACCACAAUCCAUAUCAGCAGGCUGCCUUGGCUGGUCUACAUUUAACCCAACCAUCACCUUAUCUACAGUCACCAUUUCAUGUGGUGUCCCCUAUCCCUGGUGCUCAAGCUGCUAAUGUGCCAUACUACAAUGCACAGAAUCAGUUGGUCGAAACUUUACCUGUCUGUCGUGACUUCAAAGCCGGCAACUGCAAGCGCCCAAACUGUCGUUAUGUGCAUUUAACUGAAGAUCAUGUAGAGGUAGUUGAUGGGAAAGUGACUGUAUGCCGCGACGCUGCCAAAGGCAAGUGCACCCGCCCCAUGUGCAAAUAUUACCACAUCCCAGCUCAAUUAUUGGCUCUCCAAGCUACUGAAAUGAACCGCCCGGGUUGCUAGGCCAGCUAUGCCAUACAGCCAAGCUCUGGUGCCUGCUGCAAUGGGGUUUCCGCCACAGCAUGAAUGCCGCAGAUCCUUUUUUCGCUUGCCACGCAG